AUGGGACAAUUGGCAAUAACGACGCACCAGCAUUUAGCAAUGCUAGUGAAGUCAGCAGUGAGUGACUGCCAAGUGAUUGAAUGGACCACUGAAAUGAUUUUAUUGUAUUGUGAUAAUUUGCAUGGGCGAUGGCAUUUUCACGAGAUACGCGCUAUUUUCUUGCGCCGUUACUUACUCAAAAAUAUCGCACUGGAACUAUUCCUUGCUUCAAGAACUGCCAUUAUGUUCGCAUUUACGGAUGAAAACACAGUACGUAAAGUGGUGGACUGUUUACCGCGGGUUGGUGUCGGUGCUAAAUAUGGUUUACCGCAAAGUCGCAAAACAAGUCUUAUGACCCCGCGGCAACUUUUCAAGCAUUCUGACAUGCCACAGAAAUGGCAGCGACGGGAAAUCUCGAAUUUUGAUUACUUGAUGUUCCUGAACACCGUUGCUGGUCGAACCUAUAACGAUUUGAAUCAGUAUCCUAUUUUUCCAUGGGUUUUGGCAAAUUACACAUCACCAACUUUGGAUCUCAACAUUGCAUCCAACUUUCGAGACUUAUCGAAGCCAGUUGGAGCGUUGAGCGAGAAUCGGCGUAAGUUCUUCCAGGAUCGCUACAGCUCAUGGGAGCACGAGACUAUCCCUCCUUUCCAUUAUGGAACACAUUAUUCAACGCAAGCAUUCACUCUCAACUGGUUGCUGAGAGUUGAGCCGUUUACGACAAUAUUCUUACACAUGCAAAGUGGUAAAUUCGACCAUUCCAACCGUCUGUUUCAUAGCAUAGCAGAGGCCUGGGAGAGUUGUCAACGUGACUCGCAUGACGUUAAGGAAUUAAUACCGGAACUGUAUUAUAUGCCAGAAAUGUUGCUAAAUACGAAUGGAUAUGACUUAGGGAAACGUGAUGACGGGUCUGCUGUUGGUGACAUCGUUUUACCACCAUGGGCAAAAAGUGCCGAACAUUUUAUUGCAUUACAUCGGCAAGCACUUGAAUCGGAUCUUGUUUCUUGCCAAAUAAACCAAUGGAUUGAUCUUAUUUUUGGUUACAAACAGAAAGGGCCUGAGGCGGUUCGUGCUACAAAUGUCUUUUACUACCUGACGUAUGAAGGAACAUUGGAUUUAAAUUCGAUUGAUAAUGCGGCCAUGCGUGAAGGUCUCGAGCAACAGAUGAUAUCUUUUGGGCAAACUCCCGCUCAGCUCAUGACCGAACCUCAUCCGCCUCGUCAUUCCAUUAUGACUAUCAGUCCGAUGAUGUUCCAGUCCUGCCGUGAUGAUUUAUGCAUGUUGAUGAAGUUUAUAUCGAACAGUUCAGUGGUUCACAUAAGUGCAAAUACAUUUGCACAAUUGUCACAUCCUACGGUUAUUUCGAUAACAAAUAAUUUGAUCUUUUCACUGAAUCGGUGGAAUACGAAUUAUACAGGGUCAUCAGCUCCUUCGCUUUCUAAUACCACUGGCAAUCAAAAUAACGACAAUAACGCGGAUUCAAUGGGUAACACAAUUGCAAAUCUCCCCUUGACAGUUGAUCCACUUCUGGCUGCGGGUAAUCCAUCUCAACCAUUGCCUCGUCGACACUUGGGUGAACCAUUUGAUCAACGCUUAAAAAUUCGUUGGAACAAUUUUGUAACGACAGUUGAAAGUCGUUCAAUAAUAGCAUGCGGUUAUCCGGACUACAGUUUUCGUGUUAUUGAUACAGACACCGCAAAAGUGCGGCAAGUAAUUUAUGGGCACUGUGACGUAGUUACGUGUCUAGCACGUUCUGAAUCUAACCCAUUUGCUGAUUGUUAUAUUGCUUCCGGUAGUUUGGAUUGUACGGUGGUGUUGUGGCACUGGAAUGCGCAAACACAAUCGAUUGCUGGAGAAUAUAACGUUAUAGGAGAAGCAGCGACACCUCGUGCAAUAUUGACUGGUCAUGAAACUAUCGUCACGAUGAUUUGUGUAUCAGCUGAACAUGGUAUUGUUAUUUCUGCAUCUCAAGAUGGAACUGUUCUCAUCCACACUACAAUGGGUGAUUUAUUAAGGCGACUGGAAUCCGAAAAUUCCCAGAGCUUCCCUGAUAAAGAAGUGAAUUUGUUGUUAGUGUCGCGAGAGUGUAUACUGUUAGUGCUGCAUGGACAUGAUAAUUUAGUUACCUUUACUACAAAUGGACGAGAAUUAAAUUGUUUGAGAGUUCCUGAAAGGAUUUUAUGUGGAGCACUAUCACGUGAUGGAGAAUACGUUGUUGUUGGAACGAAGGAUGGCCGUGUUGCGGUUCUACGACUUUUCCCUAUGCAGCUGUUGUACACAUUCCAGCAAACAGACAGCGCAGUUCGAAGCAUAGCUCUGUCUUCCAAUCAACGUUUUGUACUGGCAGGACUUGACUCCGGCGCUAUUAUUGUUUUCAAUAUCGACUUCAACAAAUGGCAUUAUGAGUAUCGCCAUCGUUAUUCAUUACGAUGA